AUGCAUCUCAGGCAACGUUGCCUUCCCACCCCCGUGCAGUACACAGCUUCAGGUGAGCUGAGCGCCAUCCGAGCGUCAUCAGGCUAUCGUCGACUGAUGCAAUUCGAGUCCGUCCACAAGCACUCAUACAGCGAUCCCAGCUCGGACGCCGGCGCCACCUCGCCCUCCUCUACGUCGUCUCCGCCUCCGCCUCGCGUGGACAAACCCCACAAGUGUCCGCAUCGAGGCUGCGGCCGCCAGUUCAACCGCAAGUACACGCUGAUCGAGCACAUGAAGACCCACACGGGCGAGAAGCCGCACGUGUGCCCCGUGCGCUCCUGCAGCAAGCGCUUCAGCACGUCGGGCAACCUGUCGCGCCACAAGCGCCUGCACGGCGUCAUCAAGCCGCUCGAGUGCCCGGUUGAGGGCUGCUACUGCGCCUUCCCGAGCGACAACAAACUCGACAAGCACAUGCAGUUCCACCUCGGCAGCCCCGUGCACGUGUGCACCAUCGGCAACUGCGGCAAGACCUUCAGCACCACGGGCAACCUCAACCGCCACGUGAAGCACCACCACCCGAACGAGACGCUGCGUCCACUGCCGCCACCGCAGCCCAACGCGCCGCUGUUGAUCCACCCGCCUCAACAGCAGCAGCAUCUCCAGGUUCAGGUCCCGCAGGUGCAGUACCCCGUGGACAUGGGCUACCAGUUCCCGAGUCCUCGGGUCAUGAAUCCGCCCAUGAAGCUGGUGCCGCCAUCGUUCGCCCCCGGUGCCGCCCAGCAGUACUACGGCGCCGGCAGUCGGUGGAGCGGAGAGUACACCCGACCGAGCCCAGCGCAGGUGAUGCCGUCUCAACUGCCGUCGCCCGUCGGGGUGACCCCGCGGGGUACACGCAACCCAGGCAUCGCCGACGUGCUGUCCUCCAUCUUCGACGAGAUGGAGUACGGCGCGGCGGACCCGGAGAAGCCGCUGCCUGCCCCGCCGCUUCAGCCGCAGCCGCAGAACCUCCUGGACGACAUGGUGAGCUUCCACGUCGCCCACAUCGAGCUAUAA